GUUGAUUCUCUCUCUUUUCUUUUUCUCAACUCCUCUUCCACUCACUCUUACUACUCGCUCAUUCACUUCUCUCAAGCAACCUCAACAAACUUUACUUUCUGUUAAAGACAGCUUGUUCCACUAAGUUACUCUUGAUUCAGGGACCUUUUGUUAUUAUUUUCAGUAUUUUUUAUACCCUACUCUGUGUGACAAAGUACAGGCAAUCAUGGUCAAACUGCGCGUCAAAGUUGGAGGAACAUACACAGAUCUUGCAAUCAUCAAUUGCAAUGAUGAGUUCCAUCCUAUUGAGUUUGAUGCUCCAGAAUUCAAGGGUCGUGCCGUUGUGCGCAUCAAGGAUUUUGUUGGAAUCACAAAUGAUGGCUCCGAACCGAUCUACAACUCCGAAUACUUUAAAGGACGAAACCGCCGCUUCUCAAUUCAGGUUGAGGGACGAUUCAAGCGCGAGUGGGAUGGUCAGCAAGUCUACUUUGGAACAGAUUUUGAUCGUCCUGUAGAAUUGCCUGAUGGAUUCGAGAUGAUGCUGAAGGUUGCACGCUACAUUGAUCCUGUUGUCAAGGCGUCAUUUACCAAGGAUGGAAAGCCCUGGGUUCUCAGUCCGUUGGUUUCCUCCAUUAAUACAAUGUCUGCCUGGCGUCAUGGAGACGCCAAGCCUCCAUCACCACCACUUACACCUCGACCAUCUAUGGAUAUUUCACGAGCCUUCUCCAUGUCCGAGAACAGUGUGACCGGUGCAGUAUCAAGUGCUUGGGGCUUCUUGGGUAAAUUUAAACGCGGUAACCGUAGCUCAGUCAUGAGUAUUAGUAGUACAGCAUCCAACAAUGACAGCAACAAUGGCAGCAGCUACGGAAUCAGCCGAAGUGCAUCAUCCGAUCAGGUCGAUAAACUUCGUCAGAACAGCGGACAGACAUUGCCUGUACCAGUACCAAGCAUCACAUCUCCACCCACACCCCAGCCAGAGUCACUCUCCUCGUCCGCUAACUCUGCUGACUGGGAUGCUAACAAAGAGCUCAAGAAAAUCGCGGCAGCAGUGGAUGACAGUGAAUUGCCUCUUGGUGAAUGGCGUCAGCAUGUUGAGGAGGACACCACGUUCUUCCUCCCUGGUCAGGCUAGUCUUACCACUGCUCAACGCAGAAAAUACUUUCAGACGGAACAGAGCCGAAAGGACUUUACAUAUAACAAGGACCUUGUCUAUGGCUUUGAGUUCUUUUCGCCACACAUGGACUUUAACACGUUCGAUAUCCGUCUUGGCCUAAGCAUGAAUAUUCGCAAGUACCUGGCCGAACAACCUGUCAGAUACACCUGCAGGACAUUGGAUGGAAGUACUGUCUUCUGGGCAGUUCAGUUUGAGCUCGUGGAUGAUGAGUGAAAGACAUGAACAUUCAUGCUACACUCUCCACUUUUUUUUCGACUUCAUAUUUCCUUUCCUCUCCUCCUUUCUCUAACUUGUUGUUUUAUUAGCUACUCUAAUUGUUUGUUUGUACUAAAUUGCUGUGUUCAUCUUUUACUGCUCAUUGCAUUGUUGCCUAUCU